GUACAUAGGACACAUGCAUAUGUGCAAUAUAAGGUACCUACAAUCACAGUAAUUGAACUUAUCGAGAACAUGGCCACCCGUAACGCCAUAACCCUUAUCCAAAAGUCCAAAGCCUCCUCACCGGAAAUCCUGCAACUGCGCUGCCACAUCCGACCCGGCGCUAGCAAGGUACGCGAAGGCGUCGCCGCUGUAACGGACGAGUCCGUCGAGCUGUGCGUGUCCGCACCACCGCAAGAUGGGAAAGCCAAUAAAGCCGUGAUUGAGAUACUAAGCGAAAUCCUAGACAUCGCAAAAUCAGACCUGCAAAUCACCCACGGGAUGAAGAGCCGGGACAAGACCAUAGCCGUCGCCAGCGCCUGCUUCCGGCGGGCGAAGGAUACGCAGAGUAGCAGUGGUGAGGACAUAGUAGCUCUGGUCAAGGAGAAGCUUCUCAGUCAACAAUCCGACGCAUGAGAUACGAAUAGAAAAGGUGCACUGGCAAAAAAUAUAUAAAAAUCUUUGCUAUUGUGAAUUCGUCUCGGCUUUAUAAACUCCUAACAAGCCUACCAAAAACUCCCUGCCCAUGCCCAUGCCCAUUGCCAUGAUAUAGACUCAUUAUUGCAGGCCCAACCGGCCAUAAAAAAAAGCGAGGCCAAGGAAUUCACACUCAUAAGCUUUUGAAAACGGAAAAGGGGAAAGGGGUAGUGGGCAUUUGAGCCUGGCUCA